UGUCCGGAAGUAAACAGACCGCAGCGCUUCAUAUAUAAACACAUUUUAUGUGAUAUCUAUUUAAUUAUCCGAGUAAAUUUUAAAUAAUUUGUAACCUUUGUAAAGUCAACAGUCUGCGGUUGAAUCGGACGCAUUAAUGACUCUGAACAGGCCCGAACAACCCUCGCUGUGCACUUGACAACGCUGUAAAGAAUAAUGAUUACCAUUAAUUAUUGAUUGACUAAUUGAUUGUUGUUUCGCUCCGGUUUGGUUCGGGAUGGCUGGUUCGGGUUUCGCUCCGCCGAAGCUCAAGGAUUUUAUUCUCACCGAGAAAUUGGGAAGCGGCACAUAUGCGACAGUUUAUAAAGCUUUCAGAAAAACUGACAACAGGGAGGCAGUGGCUGUGAAAGUGGUCAGUAAGAAAAGUCUCAAUAAAACCUCCAUGGAAAAUCUGCUGACAGAAAUUGAAAUCCUGAGAACAGUUCGCCAUCCUCACAUUGUGCAGCUCAAGGAUUUUCAGUGGGACAGCGAUAAUAUCUAUCUGAUUCUGGAAUGGUGUUCAGGAGGAGAUUUGUCCUGUUUUAUCCGCAGUCGUCGGAUUCUUCCAGAGAGAGUGGCCCGUCGCUGCCUUCAGCAGAUCGCGUGUGCUCUUCAGUUUCUCCAUGAGAAGAACAUCUCUCAUUUGGACCUCAAACCUCAGAACAUUCUUCUGAGUGGAAACACGUUAAAACUCGCAGAUUUUGGCUUUGCGCAGUACAUGUCCCCUUGGGAUGAGCAGCACGCUCUGCGAGGGUCUCCACUCUACAUGGCUCCAGAGAUGGUGUGCAGACGACAUUAUGAUGCUAGAGUUGACCUCUGGUCUGUUGGGGUCAUUCUUUAUGAGGCUUUAUUUGGCCGGGCUCCAUUUGCCUCUCGCUCAUUUGCUGAACUGGAGGAGAAAAUAUGCAGUGAGAAACCAGUCGAGCUGCCAUCUGGAGUGUGUGUUUCUUGUGACUGCAGAGAUCUGCUGCUGCGGCUGCUGGAGAGAGAUCCGGACGCUCGCAUCACAUUUGAUGAGUUUUUCCUGCAUCCCUUCGUAGACCUGGAACACAUGCCCAGCACAGACAGCCUCGGAAAGGCAAAAGUGCUGGUAUUGCAGGCAGUUCAGAAAGAUCAGGCUGGAGAGCAAUCUGCUGCGUUAUCUCUGUACUGUAGCGCACUCGAACACUUUGUUCCUGCUAUUCACUAUGAAACUGACCGACAGAGGAAGGAAGCACUGAGACAAAAGGUGAAUCAGUAUGUUUCUCGAGCUGAGGAACUCAAAGCUCUGGUCAAAUCAGACCACAAGAUCAGUUUUGAGCAGGCAAAAUCAACCAGGAAUAUAUUAAUAGAAAUGUCUAGAGAUCAGCCACGUUUACUAGCUGCCCUAGAGUUAGCAUCCACCGCUGUUGCCUGGGAGGAGAGCAGUGCGGAGGACUAUGACACUUUAGAUUUAUAUCAGCAGAGUUUGGGUGAGCUGCUGCUGGCGCUAGCAGCUGAAUCUCAAGGCCGUCGGCGCGAGCUGCUCCACAGUGAGAUCAAAAGUCUAAUGAGUCGAGCUGAAUACCUCAAAAAGCUGAUAAAGAUGCGGGAAACUCAGACCGAUGAAUCGCUGAAGAAAGACGCUGCAGCUGAAUCUGUGAGAUCCUCCUGUUGUUUACAGUGAGCUGCGGGUUCUCACCAAGGCAACAGGGAUGUAGCAUGUCACAUGACUAGAGAAUUCACAGGAUGUGAUUGGAUCUCUUCAUGUGUGAAUAAUGUGAUGUGACGCUCACCUGGCAGACUUUCAAACUGCUGACACUAUAUAGUUGCAGUGUUAAAACUCCUUUAACACUUUGUUUUCAUAUGGAAUCUUUGCAUUAAGAAAAAAUCUUUUACACCUGAAAGAAAUGGAUGUGCUGGACAUGUAAUGACUGCGAAAUCAUUGUUUCUUUCACACAAACACACACACACACACACACACACACACACACACACACACACACAAACACAAAGCUUCAAACCUGACCACAGGCCUACCACAGAGUCAGCCACUGCUCCACCAUGAGAGAGGUGUGGCUUUCUGUGUGUUUAUUCGGGGCUGGCUCACAUCACACUCCCUUACAGCACUUUACACGCUCAAUUUAUGGCCAUGUAAUGACAGACACAUAUCACACCGCUGGUUAGCAGCUUACAUUUGUGAUUUCACAUUGAAUUGCUGCACAAAACUCAAAAAAAGGGAGAUUUUAGUGCCGAUAGCUAUUGAUACUACUGACAAAUACAUCUUACAACAGAAUACUGAACGGUCUUUUUUUAUUUGAUUUUAUAAACAAUUUUUUGAUGUGUGAUUAUUUAUUGACUGCAUAAUCUAAGUUAAAUUGUGCAUUUUUCUCUCUUUUGGUAGCUAGAGUGUAUAUUUGCCUGCCUUAUGAAUUUUUUGUUGUCCAUAAAUUGUCGCUUCCUCUCUGCAUUCCUAUGGUAAUAUAAUUCCUCCCUCUGCAUUCCGCUUUCCUCUCUGGAAUAAAUCAGUCUGCAGAAACCAUCAUGCACACUUGAAGCUUUGUAGUACAUUAUAGAACAUUUCCAACAAAACACAUUACAGCAAAUAUAAAUGUAAGACACUAAACCUGUGAUUGGGCCAGUUUUAGUGAAGCGACAUACUUUGAAAC